AUGGCGGAUGUUACCAGGUGGUGGAUAACGCGUGUUCUCGUGACAGUGCUCGCAUCCGUGCUGUUCCCUGCUAACGGUUUCGCGGACGAGAACGGCGAAGCGUACAGGGGCAAGUACCUCGGGAAGCUGAACGCGUAUCAUCAUCAGGUGUCCGGUGACGUUUACGUGGUCGACGAGUACACGUUGUUGCUCACGUCGUUUAGCUACGACGGGAACGGGGCUGACACGUUCUUCUGGGCUGGAGCGUCGAAUCGACCUGGACCGCAGGGUUUCAUCGUGCCCGACGAAUGGGGAAAAACGAACAUCCUCGAUCGGUACUUUAACAAGGAUUUCACUCUCACCUUGCCGGACAAUAAGAAGAUAACUGACAUAAAAUGGUUCGCUAUAUACGACCUCGGAAGUCAGAAUACAUUCGGCGAUGUGUACAUUCCCGAGGAGUUCGAUCCACCGACAGCCCAGAAGAUCUCCCAGUUAACAAAACGAUCUCACGGUGUUUCUUCUGGGUCGAUCGUGAUCAUAGACUCGAAAACAAUCAAAAUACCCGAAUUCACGUACGACGGUCAAGGGACGGACACCUAUUUUUGGGUGGGACUUGGUCCACAGCCGUCCAGCAAAGGGACAAAAGUCCCCGAUGAAUACGGCUAUCUAGAUCCGAUUCGCGUGUACACGGGGGAGGACAUAAUAAUUCAGCUGCCAGGCGACAUGACCGUGUUCAACAUCGAUUGGUUGAGCGUGUUCGACGUGAAGACCAAAUCGAAUUACGGUUCUAUUAUCGUUCCGGAUGGUCUGAACGUGCCCCCGUCGCUCGUCAAAGUGAUCAAGCGCAUGCAGGCCCUACCGAAUUGCGUUCAACUUCACAAACGGUUCCAAACCAGCUGGGAGAUUUUCGGUCCUCAGAUCACUAUUCAAUUGGCGGGACAAGUGGCCGAGAACGAGUACAUGGCGUUCGGUCUUUCCGGUUCGGAGUCAUCCAGCCAAAUGGAAGGCGCGGACGUCGCGGUGGCUUACAUGGACGGGACCAGAGGAUACGCGGCUGAUUACAAUGUCACUGCAAAAGCACCGUGCGGAAAGGUUCUUGGGCAGUACAGAGGAGUUUGCAGGGACGAGUUGUUGGGUGGCUUGGACAGUAAUCAAUUGUACACCGCCGUAAGGGAAGACGGGAUCAAUAUUAUUACCUACAGACGCACUCUCAUCUCCUCCGAUCCAGGAGACAAAGAAUACCCUACGGAUCGACCGGUCUACGUAGUGUGGGCACUGGGAAGACUCGACAAGAAUAAGGAACCGACCUUUCAUGAUUUCUACCCGAAAAGCGACUUAAAGGUGGAACUGGGCCGACAGGAGCCUGAUAACACCUGCAUGGACUUCACCGAGAACGACGAGGCGUUGAUAGAACCGUGGGAGAAGGACGAGAUAUUCGACAGAAGUAUACGGGUGUUCAAAGCCACGAUCGGCCCGUCUGGCGGGAAAAAGGGUUACCAAGGGAUCACAGGGCAAACGUCCACCGGUCUGGCGUGGUACAUCGAGGGUCAGCUGGUUCCUGAAUUGUAUCUCCGUAGGGGACUGACGUACAGUUUCCGUGUUCACGGCGGGAACAAUCCUCACAGUUCGAACCUGUAUCAUCCGUUGAUUAUAACGGACGAACCGCACGGCGGCUACGAUCGGCUUAGCGACGCGGCACAGAGUAAGGUUAGAGUACUGGCCGGCGUUGAGUUUACCAGACGUGGUCAGCCGAGACCAACCGCAGUUGGUCCGCUGUGUUUAAGUAAACACGAUGAACGGGACAGACGAUUAGACGACGAUUUCUCGACGUUCAAGCAAUUCAACAGAACAUUGGUGCACAAAUGCGAACCAGGGGAUGGUGGAGUCUUAGAAGUCACCCCGAACUCUACGUGGCCGGACAUCGUUUAUUAUAAUUCGUUCACUCACGCGAAUAUGGGCUGGAAAAUUCACGUGGUGGAUGUUUACUCGAGAAGCGUCGCUGUCUCGCAGAGACUGUCGCUACUCGCAGGACUAACGGCUGUGUUGCUUCGUUUGUUAUUAAAUUAAGUAUAAGUAGUUACCGAGAUUAAUCGCCAUCGGCCUCGCUACGCGAAUGUACAUGUUGACUGAAAAAGAUAAGAUUUCGAUUAAUGAUUCGCGCAGACCGUUUAGUUCCUACACGAGAAAUGAAGGCAAAUCGAAUUCAUAGAUGUGACAUUCAAUACCUAACGU